UAGUGGGUGUGUGAAGUGUUGUCUUUUUCUCUCAUUCGUUGCGACGUUUUAUUAGAGUUGCAAGAUGGCGACGGUGCAUCUGAGAAUCGGCGAUCUAGUGUGGGGGAAACUUGGCCGCUAUCCACCAUGGCCGGGAAAGAUUGUUAGUCCGCCCAAGGAUCUGAAAAAGCCAAGGGGCAAAAAAUGCCAUUUUGUGAAAUUCUUUGGAACUGAAGACCAUGCUUGGAUCAAAGUGGAGCAACUGAAGCCCUAUCAUGCUCACAAAGAGGAGAUGAUCAAGAUAAAUAAGGGCAAACGCUUCCAGCAGGCUGUUGAUGCAGUGGAAGACUUCCUUAAAAAAUUGAAGGGGAAAGAACAGAACUCUGAAGGUAAAGGAGACUCCAAAGGAAAGAAGACUCCUAAAAAACCACUAAAAAUACUGGAUGAGGACGAUGAGGAUCUCAGUGCCUUGAGGGACCCCUCUGAGAAGGACUUAACUGACUCUGACCCUGAGCCAUCCACUAUUGAGAGGCUGGGGGCUGCACCUGGAUUCAAAUGGGAAAGCAGUCCUGUGAAGGAUGACCCACAUUUUCAUCACUUCUUACUUAGCCAGUCUGAGAAGCCUGCCUCGUCCAUGGAACCGAUAAGCAAGCGCCUAAAAAUUAUUGAAGAGGAUACAGCAUCAACAUCCAUUCAAGCGGCAGACAGCACAGCCAUUAAUGGCAGUGUCACACCAACAGAUAAAAGGAUAGGAUUCCUUGGUCUGGGGCUGAUGGGUAGCGGCAUCGUAUCCAACCUGUUGAAAAUGGGUCAUGUUGUCACAGUCUGGAACCGCACAGCAGAAAAGGGGGGGGCCUUCCAGUGUGACCUUUUCAUCCAAGAAGGUGCCAGGCUGGGUCGAACUCCCGCAGAAGUGGCUUCAAUGUGUGACAUCACAUUCUCAUGUGUCUCUGACCCAAAAGCUGCCCGUGAUUUGGUUUUGGGUCCCAGUGGAGUGCUGCAAGGAAUCAGGCCGGGCAAGUGCUAUGUCGAGAUGAGUACAGUUGACCCAGAGACCAUUACAGAACUCUCACAGGUGAUCACAUCGCGGGGUGGACGUUUCCUGGAGGCUCCAGUGGCCGGAAGCCAGCAGCUCUCUAAUGACGGGAUGUUGGUCAUCUUGGCAGCCGGUGACCGAACGGUUUAUGAGGACUGCAGCAGCUGCUUUCAGGCCAUGGGCAAGACUUCCUUCUUCUUGGGCGAAGCAGGAAAUGCAGCAAGAAUGAUGCUCAUCCUCAACAUGGUGCAGGGCAGCUUCAUGGCCACCAUUGCAGAAGGACUCACUCUGGCGCAGGCUACUGGCCAAUCACAACAGACCUUCUUGGACAUCCUAUGCCAGGGCCAGAUGGCAAGCACCUUUGUGGACCAGAAAUGCCAAAAUAUCCUACAAGGCAACUUUAAGCCAGACUACUAUUUGAAGCACAUUCAGAAGGAUUUAAGGCUAGCCAUCUCCAUGGGUGACAUGGCCAACCAUCCAACUCCGAUGGCUGCAGCUGCCAAUGAGGUGUACAAGCGGGCCAAGGCACUGGACCAGUCAGACAAUGAUAUUUCUGCAGUCUACAGAGCCUACAUUCAUUAGAUUGAGGUGUGACUUCCUGUCUGGACCACAGUCUUUAAUCCCUCAUUAAUUCCCCCUCUUGAUGUAACAAGUUUUAUAUUUUUAAUUCUAGUUUUAUUUCUUGCAUUAUUCUUUUUUUUUUUUUUUUUUUUUUUUGCGCCUGCUUUGUUAUAUGCCCACAACUGAUGGGAUUGCAAUUUCUUCAUUAUAGGAAACAUUGAACAUUGCACUGACCUAACUGAGGGGAAGAUGUGUGAUUAGUGCCCUAAACAAGGUUGUACUACUGCAAGUGGAGGCAGCUUAUCAGACCUCUGAAAUCAGACUCGUGGUGAAAGUAAUAUAGGUUGUGUGUGAAGGUGCGAUUGAGGUGUCCAGAACCACUGAAGAGCAGGUUGUCCAGUCCCAGCCCACAUGGAUUGCUGUCAAGUUUUGACUGCAUCACCCCCAAGUAUUCUUAUGUGCAAGUGAGUUAAUUUAAGUUUGUCUGUCAAUCUACUCUUUUCUUUAAGUAUCUACAAUUCCAAGAGGAAAACUGAGAGAACAUUGCCUUAAAAUAGUACACCCUCAACUCUUUCAUUGGAUUUAUUUAUUUGUGAUUCUCAUUGGAGUUUGUAAUGCAUUAUUUCUGUAUUUGACGAAGACAAUGGAGGCUUAUUGGAUUUCCUGGCCACAGUAAGGAUGACAGCCUUAAAAUGCAGUAAGAAUUUGACGUUGUCAUCAAGUUUUGAGAUUUUCAUGUUUGAUUCAUUUUUUAGUUUGGAAUUCUCAGUUCUCUUUUAUUUUAUACAUAUAAAUUAUCCUGGAGUGAGGGUAAUCCGCUUUUGAGUUAUAUUUUAAUUGAGAUGGGCCCCAAUGUUAAUCAGGAUUUCUUUUUUCUGGUUGUUAGGGGGAAAAAGUAUGAUCUAUGUUCUGCUAAGCAACAUUGAACCUUGCCUCAUUAAAAAAAAUAGAAAAGAAAACGUGAUGAAUAAGUUUUUAUGUGACUGAGAAUUGUUUCACUGACUGAAAGCUGUAGAAUAAGUAUAAUAUUCUUAGCAGCAAACUUUUGUUUUUGUUCAGUCACUGGCACCCUACUUAGAGCAAAUAACUUGCCGACGCUCAUCAGUUUGAUAAAUUUUGUUAUUUUGCAGAUCUGGACCUAGAACCAGAUGCUUAGGUCAUGGAUAAAUCUAUUGUUGUGGUUACUGCUAAUGAUGGGAGGCGAGGCUGUGCUAAAAAUGUCACACGUAUAAUUAUGGCAGAAAGACUUCAUUGGCUUAAAUAUUAUAUACAUAAUUGGUUUCUUGCAGAGAACCAACACACGCCAUGCUCAGUUGCAUAAGGACCCGUUUAGUUUUGUUGUUUUUAAGCAAAAGUAAGACGGUAUUUAACUGGGCAGUGAAUGCUUGCGAACAUUACGCAAUUGGGUUUUUUGUCAAGGGUUCUAAAAGGUUGCAAACCGUUUUUCCUGUCUGUAAGAAAAUUUGAACGUUUAAAAAUUUCACAAGCAUUUGCCGAUUGAGGCGUAUGGGGGAAGUCAAGUCAAAGAUGUUCUUUACAAUAAUACAUGUAGCCCAACUAAUCUAAACACGGUAUUCUGGUCAGCGUUGCGUGAGUGAGGCAUGACUUAAGCAUCAAAAUCCAGCCAUUUUUAUCCAUCUCGGGGCUCAGCUUGCGAAUGUCACGACCAAACUAAGAAAACAGGCGAGCCGCGAUUGGUCAUUACCCUAGCCCGAGCAUCUGUGAUGUCAUCUUCGGUCAGCAGCAAGUGGCGAUCCACCCACGCCCCCCUGAGAUGGAUCAAGACAGGUAGAUUUUGCAUAUCCCACAAAUGCAGUAUUAAUCAGAGUACCGUGUUUAGUCUAAUGGGGUCGCAUAAAACACGUAAAUAAAUUUGGGGUGUUGACUUCCCCUUGAAGUCCAUCAUCAGUUGGCAAACCUCAAGUUCAGUAACUUUUCAAUUUGGAGGAUUUUACGUUUGUUACACACACACACACACACACACACAGUUGGAGGAUGUUUUAGAAGCCAGGUGUAAAUAGCACCAUGAGUUCGUUUGAUAUCUUCAAUUACUGGCAUAAACUCUUUUGACUCUUCUGAGCAACUAAGUCUUGUCCUAAUACUGUAGAAGUGUAAAUUGAUAUGUAAUCAAAUCACACGCCCAAAAUGUGGAGAUUGUUUUAAGGAUGACGGCAACCUAUGGUAAUUUGGGGGAUAUUUAUGAUUUGAACAUGUGGAAUUUCAAGGCUUUUGUGCUGUUUAAUAAAUCCUCUCCUCAUUUCUGACAUC